CUGAUGUGCCAGCCAGCAUGUCGCGGAGGAAACAAGCGAAGCCGCAGCACUUCCAGUCCGACCCGCUUCUGCCUUCACCGGAACACAAUGCUUAAACCGUGUCGCCGGGCCAGAGCUGGUGAGAUUCCAGUCUUGUCCUGAACCACGGCGGCUUUUAGUGGAACCCCAUCUAGUGUUCGGUGGGAUGAGUCCAGCAGGGCCGGAGAGGACGUGAGCAGAAACCCUCCUGAAGUUACCAGACGCUCACAGAGGCCCCCUCGGAGAAAAAAACAAUGGGACACAGAACUUUGCUCCGAAGACCCCUCCUGCAAGGAGUCCGACGCCCAUGUCUGCAGCAGAUGUUGUGCCGAGUUCUUUGAAAUCUCUGAUCUUGAGGAACACCAGAAGAAUUGCACUAAGAAUCAGUUAGUCCUGAUAGUGAAUGAAAAUCCCGUUUCUCCUGCUGGAACGUUCUCGCCUGGGUCUCCUCCUCCUAAUCCCGAUGACCAGAUGAAUGAGGCAGCUAAUAACACCGAUCAAGCGGAGUGCAGUGACCUUUUAGAGCCGAACGCGCUUGAAAAAGAAGAAACCAUGGAUGUGGAUGUUUCCGGAAUGAGCAGUGGUCACGAAGAGGAGGGCAGCCAGACUGAGAACGGGACCGCUGUCGACGCAGUCGGUAACCACGCGGGCAGACCCACCUCUGGUCCUGCUGUGGGUACUCCAGCAAUCUCUGCUUCGUUACCUCAGCUCAGUAACUUAACCGAAUUGGGAAACUUCUCCAUGAUCAACAGCAACGUCAUUAUUGAAAAUCUGCAGAGCACCAAAGUGGCUGUGGCUCAAUUUUCCCAAGAGGCCCGGUCCACUGGGGGGCCCAGGGUGGCUGUGCCAGCCCUGAUGGAGCAGCUUUUAGCCCUGCAACAACAGCAGAUUCACCAGCUGCAACUUAUAGAGCAAAUACGCCAUCAGAUCCUCUUAUUAGCCUCCCAGUCUCCAGAAAUGCAGGUACCCCCAACGGCAGCUCCAGGCUCAAUGGGGCCCGCUGCCAGCCCACUGACCACGCUCAGCUCCCAUCUCUCUCAGCAGCUGGCCGCAGCCGCAGGCCUCGCACAGAACCUGGCGAGUCAGUCAGCCAGCAUUAGCAGCCUAAAACAGCUGGCUGCAGCGGCACAGCUACCUCAGGCCAACCCAAGCAGCAGUGACACAUCUCAGAGCAUUACCACACUGGGACCAUCAACAGUCAAUCCUCAGUCCUCAGACAAGAGACCUGGUGUCAUGAGCAGCCUCCACUCUCAGCUAAGCAGCUGCUCACUAGCUAAAUCAUCAGCACCAGCAUUUGGAAUAGGUAGCUUGUUAAGUUCUGCAGUGAAUCCCCUUCUACCUCAGCCUCCACCUGGAAACCCUGUGUUCUCUAGCUCUCUGCCAAGUUCCGGCACCACCGUAGAAGACCUAAACUCCUUAGCAGUUCUGGCCCAGCAGAGGAAAGGCAAACCACCAAAUGUUACUUCAUUUGAGCACAAGAGCAGCUCUGACGAGGCUUUCUUCAAACACAAGUGCAGGUUUUGUGGCAAGGUAUUUGGGAGUGACAGUGCCUUGCAAAUCCACCUUCGCUCUCACACCGGCGAAAGGCCAUACAAGUGUAAUAUCUGUGGCAACCGCUUCUCCACUCGUGGUAAUCUGAAGGUGCAUUUUCAGCGUCAUAAAGAUAAAUACCCUCACAUCCAGAUGAACCCGUACCCUGUCCCCGAACAUCUAGACAACAUACCAACAAGCACAGGUAUUCCAUACGGCAUGUCUAUGCCCCCUGAGAAACCUGUGACCAGCUGGCUGGACAGCAAACCGGUUUUACCCACUCUAACAACUUCAGUCGGUAUGCUACUGCCACCAACCAUACCGAGUCUGCCUCACUACAUCAAAAAGGAAGAUCAUUCAGUAGCCAUAACCAGCCCUUCAGUUACUGCAAAGACAGACUCAGGUGCUUCCGAGGCUUCAGCUAAAAGUCAUGAAAGAGUGUCCGAAGAAGGCGAAGGUGCAACUUUGCCAACCUCAAAUGGAAAAACAGACGAAGGCAGCCACUCCUCAGGCUUUAUAACAAAUGUGAACUCUGCCUUAGAAAGUGUUGCAGAGUAUACGACUUCUAACAGCCCACCCAUGAUGACCAACCCACUCAUGCCCCUUCUGACUGAUCAGUUCAAGGCUAAGUUCCCCUUUGGCGGCAUCCUGGACCCCCUCCAGGGGUCAGAGACCUCCAAGCUGCAGCAGCUUGUGGAGAACAUUGACAGGAAGGUGACAGACCCAAAUGAGUGUGUCAUCUGCCAUCGGGUGCUGAGUUGCCAAAGCGCUCUGAAAAUGCACUAUCGCACUCACACCGGGGAAAGACCCUUCAAAUGUAAAAUCUGUGGCAGAGCGUUUACCACCAAGGGGAAUCUUAAGACCCACUACAGUGUCCACCGGGCCAUGCCUCCUCUUAGAGUCCAACACUCCUGCCCUAUUUGCCAGAAGAAGUUCACCAACGCUGUGGUUCUUCAGCAACAUAUUCGCAUGCACAUGGGCGGCCAGAUCCCAAACACCCCCUUGCCGGAUAGCUAUCCAGAGUCCAUGGCUUCUGAUACUGGCUCUUUCGAGGACAGAAACUUUGAUGAUCUGGACAAUUUUUCUGAUGACAACAUGGAUGGGAUGGAGGAGGGUCCUGAUAGCAGUAUCCCAGACACACCGAGAUCUGCUGAUGCUUCGCAUGACAGCCUCUGUAACUCCCCAAUUCCUGUUGAAAUGACCAACCAUGAGGAGCAGGAGAGAACUGCCCAAGAGCGUGUCCAAAUGAGUGAAAUGAAUGAGCUCCGAGCUUCCCAGAUGAAGGUUAUGUCAAAUGAUUUAAUUGAAGGGGAUUGCCUCACCAAUGAUUCCUCAUCUCUAGGAGGGGAUAUUGAAAGCCAAAGCGCUGGUAGUCCAGCUGUGUCAGAAUCUACCUCCUCCAUGCAGGCACCAUCCCCCUCUAGCAUACAGCCACAACCACGUAAAUCCCCCAGCCUUGAAGAAAGGCACCAGAGGGCCGUAUCUUCUGACCACACCACUGCAAGCCUCUUGCACUCCCAUCCCUCCAACAUUGGAGCCCUGGACCUGUCAUCUGUCAAUCCCUCAAAAGAUCCCCUGGGCAUGAUUUUCCCCUUCCGUGAGCGUAACACCAUCAAGAACACAUCCUGUGACAUCUGUGGGAAGACCUUUGCAUGUCAGAGUGCCUUGGACAUUCACUAUCGAAGCCAUACCAAAGAGCGACCAUUUAUUUGCACGGCUUGUAACAGGGGUUUCUCUACCAAGGGCAACCUCAAGCAGCACAUGCUAACUCAUCAAAUGAGAGAUCUGCCCUCACAGCUCUUUGAGCCAUCAAAUACCAGCCUGUCCUCCAGCCCGACCCCUUCCCUUCUCCCCGUUGGGCCUCUCAACAAGCCCGAGGUCAACGGGUUCCUCCAUAGCCUCCAUCAAGAGACCAAGGACAUUACCCCAAGUUUGGUCACAUCGUCCGCCUCCACCUCCCCAGUGCUCUCCUCUGCUCCACCACGCAGAACGCCCAAGCAACACUUCUGCAACACCUGUGGGAAGUGUUUCUCUUCUUCCAGUGCUCUACAGAUCCACGAGAGAACCCACACAGGAGAGAAACCGUUUGCAUGCAGCAUCUGUGGCCGGGCCUUCACCACCAAAGGAAACCUCAAGGUUCACAUGGGCACGCACAUGUGGAACAGCGCCCCUGCCAGACGUGGUCGCAGGCUCUCCGUGGAUGGUCCCAUGGCCUUCCUGGGUACAAACCCAGUCAAGUUUCCCGAGAUAUUCCAGAAGGACAUGGCGUCGCGGGCAAGCAACGGGGACCCGACAAGUUUUUGGAACCAGUACGCGGCGGCCUUCUCCAACGGCCUGGCAAUGAAAACGAACGAGAUCUCGGUCAUUCAGAACGGAGGCAUCCCUCCCAUGUCGGGGGGCAUGGGGAAUGGGGGCAGCUCUCCCCUCGGCGGCCUGACGGGCAGCCUGGACAAGCUGCACAACACGGAACCCAACGCCGCCCUCGCCGGCCUGGAGAAAAUGGCCAACACGGAGAACGGUUCCCACUUCCGCUUCACGCGCUUCAUCGAGGACAAUAAAGAAAUUAUCACCAAUUAAGAGAGAGAGAGAGUGUGUGUGAGUGUGCGCUCAUGUUGGGCGCACAACGAUGCCUUUAGGCAUUCCGUAAACACACACACACACAGGAUAGAACAAGACGAGGAUAAAAUCAAAACAAACUGCUGCGCUCGUCACAAAUCUUUACGAACUCUCGUGUGGAGACACGUUGCUCUUUUUGUACAAUGUACAUGUCAUAGUUUUACGGAGCCUAUUUAUUAGUGAUUAUAAUCUUGCUUGAAAAACAAGUGGAAGCAUUAACAGUUAGGGUUUGUUUCUUUCCGAAGCCAGAGUCGGUGUGUUUGGGUGCUUUUGAGAAGAUCUGGUUAGAUGACCUUACCUUGGCAUUAAGUUAUUUUCUGUCUGUAGUAGCUAUAACCGAGCUGUCCAUGUUCCUGUGAUGCGUUAGCCCUGCAACGAGCAAACAGACUUGCUGUAAAUAAUGUACACUGAUCUCCUGUAGAUGCUCUAACUGUUUCUCUCCUCUUGUUGGCAUAAAACGACGACAUUCAAGGGACAAAAAUGACUUUAGGUCCUUGUUUCUCCCCACUUACUCUUGUUUUAUUUAAGGAAGGUAAAAUAUUGAAGUUUGUUACGUUUUCAGAGUUUCCUUUAGUGUCACCUUUUGUUGUUUACUUUCUCUGUGUUUUGUUCUUUCUCACUUUUGUUUACUUAUAUAAAUAUUUCCUUCUCCUGUCUUUGUUUUGUCGAUAUUAAAAGUGAGACUUUUAUUUCCAGGGAGUAUUCGGUCUGAACCAUCCAAUCAUUUGAGGUUUUUGGUUUUUCUCUGCUGGAUUUCCACAUUGCUGCUACGUCCCAGCAUCCUCACUGGCAUCCGGCUUCUGUACAUGCAUCAGACGUGGAAAUGCAAACUCCCCCUUGAGAAAAAUGUACAUAGCGAUCACACGAGACGUCCCUCGUCCCGGGCAGAGGGACGGACUGAUAGUGUUUUUCUAAAUAUAAAUAUAUAAUAUGGUUUUGACAACCUUUGGACUGUUACAUGCACUUUCUUGGAAAGUUGGAAGAUCUUUAUGGGUCCAGUUUCUCUACACUUUAAUACCUACUAACAACUAAGAUACUGUAAUUCUUUACUCUAAUAAUCAAAUACAUCAGUUUUCCAAAAGAAA